CCAAAGGACUUCUCCGUACCUGUGUAUGUUGAGAUUGCCCAGCCACCGGUGUUGGAGAGAGGCAAGACACCCAAGGGCGACAAAUUCGUGAAGCAGCCACCAGUUUCAGAUGGUCCUUUCAACAUCACUCCGAAGAUGAGUUGGCACCAGUUUGUUGACGAAAUAGUGGUGUUUGCCAAUGUCGAGAGGGAGAAUAUUGAUAUGUCUAGUACAAAGUGGAGCUUCCAGAAGAAAAAUCCUCUUCCUUUGAAGGACGCUAUUGGCUACGAAACCAUGAAGAAGCAGAUUCGAGGAAUGAAAGAUCCAGACUCCGCAAUCAUCAUUGUUGCACUCACGACUCCAAGACCUACCAAACACGGACGUCAAGCUGCACCUGUUCCGAUUCUGGAUAUUCCUGAAAAACGUCAAGAUGAUCAUGAUGGUAGCUUGUAUGGGAGAAAACUUUCAUUUGAUGAACAAAUUGCGCCAAUCCUGGAGAGACUGAACGACGAGCACGAGAUUGGUACUUGUGCAACUCACCCUUCGAUCCGCUGCUAUGUUCAAGAACCACAAGGCUGGCAUUUUGACUUGAACUCCAAUAGAAUGAAAGUUUGGGCGAAUUCUAUUCUUCGCAAGCAAACCUCGUAUGGGCGGAUUCCCAUUGGCAGCAAUUUCUUUAACCCUAAGGAUCGCAUCAAGGAUUUGACACUGCCUCAGACACCACAGACUCCUCGUGCUUCGAACAUGUCUGACCAACCAUUCUUCCCUUCAAUGUCACCAUGGAACCUCCCAAACCCUUUGCUGCAGCAAUUCUCAUCCCCAAUGUACCCUUUCGUACCAUGGAACAUGCACCCUCUACACAUGCAGCAAUUUGUACCACCCACUCCGAGUCCAGUAGCGCACCACGUGGGGCCGGGCUGCACACACCAGCAUUUCGGUGCAUCUGCCAGCAUUUCAGCUGCGCCGGCACAGGUUACCAAGAAUCCGGUGGAGGAAUGGUGUCAAAAAUAUGCUCUGGACGACGAGGACUGCCAGAGUCUUAAAAAGCUCGGCUUCAAAGUUGGCGACAAGCUGGAUGCUUUAGGUGCUGAUAUUUGGGAAUGGGCUGCAGUCCCUCCACUCGCUCGCAUACGUAUCUUGAAUGCC